AUGCCGGUGGUAUAUCGUUUGACCACCGUCACGUAUGGGACGGCGUGUGCUCCCUACCUUGCGAUACGUACGCUCCUGCAGUUAGCGGAGGAUGAGAAAUCGCGUUUUCCACUCGGAGCUCAAUGCUUGGAAUUCAAUACGUACGUGGACGACACGUUUUCGGGUGCGGACGAACUUUCAAUCGCGUUGCGUACUAGACAGGAGCUCAUUGAACUUCUGAAGUCGGCGGGCGUCGAGCUUGAUAAGUGGGCCGCGAAUCAUUCUGAUUUGUUACCUUCUAACGCGCAACAACCCGGGAAGGAGGAAUCGAAAUCGAUAAAUCUAGAUGAGUCGGUUAAAACGCUGGGGGUUCAGUGGAAUCCACAUCACGAUGAGUUUCGUUUCACCACGUCAGGUUUUAAAGAUUUGUCCAGAGAGGUGACCAAACGGGACGUCCUUUCAAAUAUUGCGCGCUUGUUUGAUCCGCUGGGGUGGUUGGCUCCGGUCACGAUAAGCGCCAAAAUCUUAAUGCAGGAUCUUUGGAUUCUGAAGGUCGGCUGGGAUUCCGUUUUACCGGUGGAAGUACAGGAUAGAUGGAGUGAAUAUUGUAAUUCACUUUCGGCCAUGCCUGCAUUGUCAGUUAAUCGAUGGUUGGGAGCCUCUUGCGAUUCGGGUUCGCAAAUUCACGGGUUUUCCGACGCUUCAUCCCGCGCUUAUGCGGCGGCGGUUUAUAUUCGAAUUAACGAAGCAGAUGAUCGUUUCCUUGUCGUACUUUUAGCUGCCAAAAGUAAGGUUGCUCCGAUAAAGACCGUGAGCAUUCCAAAUCUCGAACUGUGUGGAGCGAUGUUGCUUGUUAAGCUUCUUCGUCACGUGCGGAAGCUUGAUUUUUUGCAGAGUAUACCAGUAUUUGCAUGGUCAGACAGUCAGAUUGUUCUGAUGUGGCUUCGGAAACACCCAUGCCACUGGAAGACUUUCGUGGCAAACCGGGUGUCCUUUAUCCAGACAGAGAUGCCGGGUGCUAAAUGGGCACAUGUGCCUACUGGAGAAAAUCCUGCGGAUUUGGCUACGCGUGGAUGUAGGCCUGCAGUCUUGAUUGAGGCACGUCUGUGGUGGCAUGGGCCUGACUGGCUUGCGAUGCACGAGGAGCAUUGGCCCAAGGUGGCACUGGCUCCGCAGGUUUUGCUUGUGAAGGCGACUCCGAGUGAUCCGGAGAUUUUGACUAAAUUUUCCUCAUUGACUCGGCUAAUUCGCGUGGUGGCUUAUUGUCUGCGCCCAUUAGUUGGCUUGCGAAGGCGCAAGGGUAACCUUCCUGCAUUGCCGGAAUUUUUGACUGCGUCAGAGUUGUCUGGCGCUCGGAUUGCUUUGAUUAGGUUAGCACAGACGCAUGCAUUUGAAGCAGAGAUUAAGUUACUGCAGAUGGGAAAGAGUUUGGCAAAGCGUAACCCGCUACUUAGUUUGGAUCCGUUUUUAGACAAGUUGGACGGUAUUUUGCGUGUUGGGGGCCGUCUUGGGAAUUCGGUGCUGUCACAUGAUCGUAAGCAUCCGCCUAUCUUGCCACGUCGUUCGCCGCUUAGUCGGUUAUUUGUGCGAUAUGCACAUCGUGCUUGUCUUCAUGGUGGACCUACGCUCACUUUGUGUACCGUGAUGCAGCAUGCGUGGAUUCUAGGCAGGAAUCGUCUAGUGAAAACUGAAAUUCGUCACUGCGUCGUCUGUCAGCGAGUGAAACCCCGAUUAGCAUGGCAAAUGAUGGGUAGUCUUCCGGCCACGCGGGUAACGCCGGCUCGGCCGUUUCUAUCUGCAGGGUUAGAUUAUGCCGGUCCGUUUCAGGUACGUACGGCGAAAGGUCGUGGGUACAAGUGUUAUAAAGGGUAUAUUGCGCUCUUUGUUUGCUUUACAACUCGGGCAAUCCAUCUUGAGGUCGUAAGUGAUCUCACGACCCGAAUGUUCCUUGCCGCGUAUCGGCGUUUUGUGGGGCGUCGUGGAGUCUGUCAAAAUCUGUUUAGUGAUAACGCUACCACGUUUCAGGCCGCGGAUAAGGAGUUGCGCGCUAUGUUCUCAGCUGCUUCUACCUUUUAUAAGUGUGUUGCAGCUACUCUUGCCAAUGACGGAACUUCUUGGAAAUUUAUUCCUCCGAAUUCACCCCACUAUGGCGGUUUAUGGGAAGCGGGUGUCAAGUCGGUGAAGCAUCAUUUGAAGCGAGUGAUCGGUGAUCGAUCUCUGACCUUCGAGGAGUUUUCGACCGUUCUGGUAGAAAUUGAAGCGUGUUUAAACUCGCGUCCGCUUUAUCCGCUUAGUAAUGAUGUGGAGGAUUUGCAAGUUUUAACGCCUGCACAUUUUCUCGGCAUUGCCUCUGGGUUAAUUCCAGAGGACGCUCCCCCUGAUGUGUCUGAGAAUCGUUUGGAACGAUUUCAGUUACUUCAGGUGAUUAGAAAUAACUUUUGGAAGCGAUGGUCCCAGGAAUACCUGCAAUAUUUGCAGGAGCGUGCGAAAUGGCGAGGGCCAGCCGAGAAUUUUGCGGUCGGUCAGUUAGUACUUGUGCGUGAUGAUCGGUAUCCGCCUUCAAAAUGGCCUCUAGGUCGCGUGACUGAAGUCCACCUCGGUCCGGAUGGAUUAGUAAGAGUGGUCACCGUUCGAACGGCCACGUCUAGUUUAAGGCGGCAUGUUGCUCGGUUAUGUCCGCUAUUGCUAGAGCAGAAUCCAUCUACGGCUGGCGCGGAUGGUACGGCUGCCUAG